GCUUUAUGUCUGGCAGCAGAGACCAUGCGCGGUCGCCAUAUUACGGAGCAACCCCUCCUCUCCGGUCCGGUCACAACAGCCGAGCAGCAGGCUUUCUACUGAACGACGCUACCGCCUGGGAGAGGACCAGUGAUACAGCAAAACCUACAGCCAGGACUCGGUGAAAUGGACGUAAACCUUUGUUCUUCGCCAUUCAAGUGAUCGUAUCGCUUUCGGCUCGCCGCGGACCGGGUGAAGGUUGUUUAAUUUUGAUCGACUUGAGUGAAAUCUGCAGUUAAAAACCUACUCACUGACGACUGUGAUGGAGACUGGAAGCUAGCUCCGUGCUGACAAGCUAGUAGUUUAAAAUAACUACAACUUCCUGAGCGGCCGCUUCACGCUUUCACCGCUUGUGUUUUAGUGAAACACUGCGUUAUUGUUUCGAAAUACUUGGGAUACUAUUGUGUUAACCACGGCUCAGACGGACAGUUAGCCGGCGAACUGCAUCAGCUGACGCUGCUAGCUCGAUUAGCUGCUGAGCAAGCGGCCACUAGCUUUAGUUGGCUUGCUAACUGACACAGGGAAAUCGUGCAUGAGAAGGCUGCUAAUAUUGCCACCAACUUCGCUUACAAAUCAAUAUACCCCUCACCCCUAACCUUUUUUUUUAACUGGGUUGUCUGUAAAGCAUAGUUUUGGCAAAACGGCGCCGUCAACGAACUGCAUUCUUACUGCCUACUGUCGGAAACCAACURCCGCCCGGAUCCCCUCGAAAUGCACCAUCCGGACUCUGCAGGAGACUCUGGCGGUGUUAGAAAGAUGGCGCAUCCGGUCGUCUUUCACAGAAGGGGCAGCAACACGAGCAGCGGGAGCGGCCCCACGCUGUCAACACCGGCGAAUCCGGUGGUCAAUAACAGCCACGACGAUUAUCAGCCUCCUCCCGCUGCUUCAUCCUCUCCGAGUCCCCACCAUCCUCCUCCUCCACCCCACAACCUGAACCUUCAGCCCACGCAGUCUGCUGGAGCUCAGAUAAAGAAGAAGAGUGGUUUCCAGAUCACCAGUGUGACUCCAGCACAGGUGUCUGUCAGCACCAACAACAGUAUUGCAGAGGACACRGAGAGUUACGACGACCUGGACGAGUCCCACACCGAGGAUCUGUCGUCGUCCGAAAUCCUGGACGUGUCCCUCUCCAGAGCUAACGACGUCGGGGCGGAGAGGAGUUCUUCGGAGGAGACGCUCAAUAACUUCCACGAGGCGGAGACCCCCGGAGCUGUCUCCCCCAACCAGCCUUCGCACAGCCUGACACAACCCCACAACCUGAGCCAAGUGAAGAAACAUGGUGGGGCCAUCGUGAAUGGGACUGUGCACCACCCUAACCAUGCCCAGAGCUUCCCUCUGUCCUCUGGGUCUGGUAGCACCCCAUCUCCCCUCCCUUCUGGGGGACCGUUACCUUCUCUCACUCAGAAAAUGCCUUCGAACGUUGGGGGGCAUCAAGAGAAUGUUUCCCAUGCUGCCCCUCCGAGUCUUGUCUCUCAGCCUGUGGGAUCUGCCCCUGGAAUGCACAGCUCUGCAGCGGGAAAUACAGUUAGUAUAGCUAAUCCCCAGACCAGCAGUGUUAGUAAGGUGAAUACGUUGAGCUCUGCCAAUGUGCCUGUUAGUGGGGGGACCAGUGCUAGCAGCAGCAGUGGUGUCUUUCUUCCCAAUGUGAUCAGCAGCGGCGGAGGGAGUGGUGGYGCUGGAGCUGUUCUGACCGGAGGCAACCAUAUGUCCGCCGCUAACGUCAACAUAAUCCAGCAACAGCAAAGCGUCGGCUCCAUGACGGCUAUGACUACUGCAGCUGCGGCUGUCAGUGCCUCUGGAGGCGUGGGAGUCCCCAGCGGGGUCCAGGGAAGAGUCGGAUCAGCUGCGCCGCAUCCCGCCAGUGCUCCUGCAACAGCUGUGGUUCAGGCUCCCGUAUCAUCUGCUCCUGCUGUGGCUACUACCGGCUCUCGCUUCAGGGUAGUGAAGCUGGACUCCAGCUCUGAGCCCUUCAAGAAGGGCAGGUGGACGUGCGCUGAGUUUUACGACAAGGAGGCGCCAGCCCCUGCUCCUGGCACGUCCACGUCUGACACGCUCUCCUUCAGCACACGCCAGUUCAUCCCAGACAGCUCCRCUGGAGCUUCGGAGAAGGAAAGCGCAGGUGGUAGUUCUGUGAGUAGUACAGUGAGCCAUUACACUGAGAUCAUGGGAGAUGCUAGUGGACCCCCGGUACCCCAGCAUGCCCAGGAUUACACCUCCCCUCCUCAGGGCUAUCAAGGAAUCAUUCCCAGUGGCUUAAGUAUGGGAGCAUCUCAACCACAGUCUCACAUGCAAACUCAGAAGACUACUGGAGCCACCCCAGCUCCUACAAACCUCCAUCAACCUGCACUCAUGACCACGAUUGGCCUCCCCACUCCUGCCGUACCCCAGCAGCAGCUCACCUAUGCCCAGGCAGUUGCUAAUCAACCCACAGCUGCCUCCCAGGGCUUGGUGGGUGUUCAGCAGCAGAAAUUAGGCUACGCCAGCCUCCCACAGCAGUCGUCUGCUCCCCCUUCAGCACCUCCUGUAUCGGUGAGGCCACCUGAGUAUGCCCAGCCACAAGCUGCUGCCUCUCAGCCUCUUCCCACCCAAGCUGUCACAGCACCUCCUGGACUGGCUAAUGGAGCUUCUCAAAUGAUAGGAGGCCCUCAGCAAUCUCAGGGGCUCCUUCACACACAGCCACCCUCUGGUUUGCCUUCUCAUGUUGGCGCAGCAGGUCUCGGUCUCAUGGAUAGUCAGCAGCAGAAGCCCCAAUCUCUCCCAACGCAAAUUCAGAACCCAAGCCUGAACAGCCAGCUCCCCGCCGCCGCCCAUCAGAGCCAAGCGGCCGCCCCAAGUGUGCCUCCUUCCAACCUUCAGAACGAUCAUCAGCCCCAAGCCCACGGUGUCGGUAAUGCUGCUCGGAUGCCCCAGCCUUCCUCUGUGAGCUUGACCCAGGACCACAGCAGUGCCCAGGCCCUGUCUCAUGCUGCCCAGGCCAGCGCCCUGUACGCCAGUUUGCCCAGCUUCACCACCACACAGCUGCAGGAUGCCCAGCGGCUGCUCCUCCAGCAUCAGUCCGCUUUGUUGGGGCUACCCUCCAGCGGGGAGGCUGGAGCCAAUACUGGCCAGGGUCAAGAAGCUGAAGGCAAUGCCGCCAACGCCAGUGCCUUAACAGCACCAGCUGGUCUCAGGACUGUAGACGGCGAGGAGGAGGGCUCGUCGGGAGCCAGCGUGGUGGCCAUAGACAACAAGAUUGAACAGGCAAUGGACCUGGUGAAGAGCCACCUGAUGUACGCAGUCCGUGAGGAGGUGGAGGUCCUGAAGGAGCAGAUCAAGGAGCUGCUAGAGCGAAACUCCCAGCUGGAGCAGGAGAACGCGCUGCUAAGGACGCUGGCCAGCCCCGAGCAGAUGGCCCAGUUUCAGGCCCAGGUCCAGACCGGCUCCCCGCCYGCACCCGCGGCGGCCGCUCCGACGGGACCCCCGAACCCCGCCGCCCUCGUCCAGCCCGCCUCGCACAGCUCGGGCCCCUCGGCGUAGCCCGGCCCGCACCGACGGACCGAACUCGUAGUUUCUCAGCUCUGCUGCAGCCGCAGAGCCAAACUUUGCCUUCUCUCCAGCGGGAGGUUACGCUGUCACAAGAUUUUGCACAUAUUUAUCUCUGAAGGAUGCAGACAGCUGUGCUCCUCGACACAGUGAAGAGUGACAAUCUAAACAUGCUGUUCGUGUGGGGGGCUUUGUUUUCAGAAGAAUCCUCAAAACAUUUGCCAAAUAACCAUCAGUCAUCAACAAGAAUGUCUCACCAAGAU